AUGGUAGUGGAGGAAGCGGGCUGCGGCCCCGCCAAGCCCUCGGGGAACAGGCGGCCCCAGAAGCAGGAGCCGCUGGGACACGUGAAGAAAAACAAGCAGCAGGUCUCUGACGGCUUCACUGUCAAAGCCAUGAUGAAAAACACUGUGGUACGGGGGCCCCCACUUGCAGGAGCAUUUAAAGAGAGACCAACAAAGCCCACAGCAUUUCGCAGGUUUUAUGAACGAGGAGACCUCCCCAUUGCUGUUGAGCAUGAUACGAAGGGGAACAGAAUAGCAUGGAAGGUAGAAAUUGAGAAGCUGGACUAUCAUUAUUAUCUGCCUUUGUUUUUUGACGGACUUUGUGAAAUGACAUUUCCAUAUGAGUUUUUUGCUCGUCAAGGAAUCCAUGACAUGCUGGAACAUGGUGAAAACAAGAUUCUUCCUGUCAUUCCUCAGCUCAUUAUCCCAAUAAAAAAUGCACUGAGCCUUCGAAACCGACAGGUCAUCUGCAUCACACUGAAAAUCCUCCAGCACCUGGUGGUAUCAGCAGACAUGGUGGGAGAAGCCUUAGUGCCCUAUUAUCGGCAAAUCCUCCCAGUGCUAAACAUCUUUAAGAACAUGAAUGUUAAUUCAGGCGAUGGGAUAGACUACAGCCAGCAGAAGCGUGAAAAUAUUGGAGAUCUGAUUCAAGAGACACUGGAAGCCUUUGAGCGCUACGGUGGAGAAACUGCUUAUAUAAACAUUAAGUACAUGAUCCCUACUUACCAGUCGUGCAUAUUAAACUGAGUGGUAUCAAAUGGGAUGAUUCCAUUUGUGUUUAAAAAUAACCAAAAACCUGUCUGACUCUGUAUGGCAUCUUGUUAGUCAUGCUUUUUUUCUGUACAGCUGCUAAAAUAGUGGCUUCUGGGGCAUUGGAUUGUUAGUACUAUUGUGAACAAGUCUUUCCAACACAUAAAUAGUGCCUGUUCCUU